AUGGCUGGUCAGAAUAUUCUUCUUUUCGGUGCAACGGGCCAAAUUGGCUCGUUCAUCUUAACCGCCAUCCUCUCCGCGAGGACUCAAUUCGGCCGAGUGGCCAUCUUUACUUCCCCACGCACUGCCGAGACCAAAGCCGCGUACCUGGAAAAACUGAAAGAGCAGAAUGUCGAAGUAAUCAUCGGUGACGUCGAAGAUGAGAAUGCUAUCAAGGCUGCCUAUGACGGCAUUGACACCGUCAUCUCAGCCCUGGGCCGCAAUGCUCUCGCCCAGCAAAUCCCGUUGAUCCGUCUAGCUGCCAGUUCCAGCGUGAAAUGGUUCCUGCCUUCGGAGUACGGCACUGACAUUGCGUACGGCCCGGCUUCGGCCCAUGAGAAGCCGCACCAGCAGAAGCUCAAGGUGCGAGCCGUGCUGGAGAAAGAGAUCUCGCGCGCGGACCUGGACUACUCAUACGUCGUGACGGGUCCGUUUGCGGAGAUGUAUCUCCAUUUCACCCCUGGGAUGGAAGAGGCUGGCGGAUGGGAUGUCAAGGCUCGGAAGGCUGUUUUGCUGGGAGAGACGGGGAAGGAGAGGGUUAGUUUGACGACGAUGAAGGACGUGGGAACACUCGUUGUUGCAACACUUCUCCAUUCCACCCCCGAGUCCCGCAACCGUCCUCUCUGCGUCAACUCCUUCACCACCAGCCCCGCUGAGAUCCAGGCUGAAUUCGAGCGCCAGACUACUGGAAAACCGUGGGAUGAUGUCUCCUGUACAUCAGUCGAACGGUUGCGCGAGCUGGAGACUGCGGCUUGGGAGGCCGGGAACCCCGCUGCGACUGUGUUUACGCUGCGGCGGAUCUGGACGGAGGGAGGCACCUUGUAUAAUCAACGGGCGAAUGGGCUGAUUGGUGAACCCAAGAUGAUGUCCCUGGGUGAAGUGGUUGCGAAUGAGAUCAAGCGGGUUUCUUCAUUGUAG